GAUCCUCCCAGCAAAACACCCACCGUAAACACAGAGAACUGUCACGGGUGAAAAUAUGGACAUUUAUUAGCUAUUUCUUCCGCUAGAAACUUGCAGAAUUUUACAACAGUGUGGGGGGCUGAACCAUGGGGACAAACAACCAGGAUGUGGCGUGUUACUUGGUUACUAAACACUCCGCAUGGAAGGGCAAAUACAAGCGCAUCUUCAGUGUGGGAAAUGCUGGCAUUACCACAUAUAACCCUGGUAGUAUGGAGGUGACCAACCAGUGGUAUUACCAUGACUUCCUCAACAUAACUCCAGCCCUUAAGGGUGUUGGUCAAGUUCCUAAUGAGUUUAUCAUAACUAUGAGAAAAGGGAAGAAAGUGGACCACAUGCGUUUCUCAUCAGAACACCGGACAGACAUUAUCUCUGAGGCUCUAGUGUUUAGGCACAAUUUUGCUGAAGGAAUUAUAGACAACCUGCGAGCCAAUGCACAAAAGGUCCACUGGUCAGAAGCAAGACAUCCAGUAGUAUUGGAGGUUACCCCAUGCUCUGUGGACCAGCUUGAUGCUGCGACAGGGGCCCCUCUAGCCUCCUACAUGUUCAAAGAUAUUGAAGCUCUUGUUCCGGUGUCAGACAUUCCUGGUGGCCUCUGUAUUCAGAGUGGAGGCUUUGGGAGAUUACACAUAUUUUCAACUGAUCGGCGGGAUGAAAUUCUUAAGAAGGUUGAAGAUAAUGCUAAGAAAUACAUUGGAAUAGCUAUUACAGCAAAAAAAGUGUGCAUCACCCUUCAACUUGCAAUGGAAACUAGAGUAGGGAAAUAUAGUGGAGACGAACACAUUACAUCUUUAUGCGAAUUUCUUGUGCACAAAGUGAGCCACAGACACAAUGACCCAGUCAGAAGAACCAUUUGUGUAAGUGAGACGUGCCUACUAGAACGUGACCCUAAUUCCUAUGCCAUUGUCACUUUACGUCCUCUCUCGGAAGUCUUCGCUCUAGUCCGUCACCUCGAGAACCCACAAAAGCUCACAGUAGAAUAUAUAAGAGGAGGCAACCGAGAAUACACUUCCUCUGACAGAGAUUCAUUAUUAGCUUCCCUUGUUGAUGGUGUGCGAGCGUCGGGCAACUUGGAUGUCCACGUGCGCAUGACACCAACAGAGCGGGGAAAACGCCUGGGUCCCCUUGAAGUGCCUGUAGAUGAAGAAGUAGAAUCUAUGCACCUAAAGUUUCUCCAGCAACCUCCGCCUGGGUGGACAUUUGCUGAGGCAAUAGAGAGGUUUAAUGCAAAUGUCUCCUACUCAGGAUUACUUCAUGCAGUCACAGGAGAGGCUCUGUGCAGUAGAUCCCCCUCCAUGUUGGUGGGAAGGAAGGGCCUCUUUGCUGAGAAUAAGGAACGACUAAUCACUGGGGGUCUUGGAGCUCUGGUGCUACGAGAGGGGGACCAAGCAACCCUUCCGCCUGAGGAGGUGGAGGCACAGUUUCAUGCUCUCCGCAGACUUGUUGCUUCUAAAGCUGGGUUUGCCUGUCUCACCUCACUUCCUGGUUUCCGAGAAAAAGUGGGCGUAAAGGUUGUGAAGGCCUUACAGAGGAACGAUGAUGGGGUGAACCAUGCAGCACUGGACAUGCUGUGUGCGCUCAUGCAGCCGAUGCACGACUACCCAGAUCUGAAACAAGAACAACUCAACAAAGCCUCUCUCCUUGCCUCGGCAAAAUUCCAAGAAAAAUUAUUAGAAAAUUGGGUUUACCAUGUAUCACAUGGAACUGGAGCACUGGUGGUGUCAGCUAUGUUGGACUUCAUGACCUUUUCCCUGUGUGCUCCAUAUAGUGAGACAACAGAUGGAGCCCACUUUGAUCGUUUACUGGAGAUGGUGGCAGACAACGGGAGAUCUCUCUAUAGGCUCUUUCAGCAUCCGUCACUUGCUAUUGUGAAGGGUGCAGGAUUAGUGAUGAAAGCUGUGAUAGAAGAGGGCGAGAAUGACAUCCCGAUGCGCAUGCAGCUUCUGGCCCUCACUGAAGGAGCUUUACCACGCCAUCUAUUCACGGCACUCUUCACUCAGACAUCUGACGGGAGGCUCCUUACCCAUCGCCAACUCUCACGUCACCUUGUAUCCCUCUGGGCUGCAGAGAACCAGCUAGCAGUUGACCUUUUAGGACGUACUGUGCCACCAGGUCUUUUAGCAUUUCUUGAGAGCAAAGAGACAGUUUCCCUCGAUGACAUAGACCGGUUAAACACCAGAGAUAAUUUGAAGAUUGCAGAAGAGGAUGAAGAAAGGAAUAAGAAGAACCAAGUGUUGGACACUUUAGACAGAGCAUAUAAGAGCUCUGUGAAAAAGGUUGAGCAUCUGGUAGAAAGACACAUGGACAAAAUAGAGACUGUGGAAAGACAUUUACAAAAGGGAGCCAAGCACAUGGAGGCCUACUAUGAGUCGUAUCUGGAAAAACAUGUAGACGAUUGGUUUGCUUUACAACACUGGCGGUCACAUAUGAGGAGAGAGAAGUCAGCGGAAGAGAAGUUUAGAGAGCGACCUCUGGUGCUUCGCAAGAGAAGAGAGAAACUAAAAGCUACUGCAAAUUGGCCUCUCUUUUAUUAUAAAUUUAACCAAGAUCAUGCACUCCCAAACCUCUUAUGGAACUACAAAACACGAGAAGAAUUGCGGGUAGCACUGGAAGCAGAAAUGAGAGCCUUUAAUGAAGACCGUGAUGUCAGAGGAGGGAUGGUCAUUGCAUGGAACCACCAUGAGUUUGAAGUAAGCUACCCAUCACUAAAGGAUGAGAUCAAGAUUGGUGAUUACUAUCUACGGAUCUUACUAGAACAAGAGAACAACACUUCAGAGGAAGAUUCACCUAUUAGAAAGUCAUAUGAGUUCUUCAAUGACCUUUACCACCGAUUCCUCUUGACCCCCAAAGUGGCCAUGAAGUGCCUCUGUCUACAGGCCAUGGCUCUUGUGUAUGGCUUGCACCACAAAGACAUUGGCCAGUUUAAUGACACGCGCUACAUCGUUACCAUGUUAUCCCGUACCUGUGAUAAAUUAGAGAGAGACAGAUUACUUCUGUUUUUAAAUAAGUUAAUAUUAGAGAAGUCCAAUGUGCGUGAGGUUGUUGAAGCAGGCGGCGUGCGCAUCCUUUCUGACCUGUUGACUCUGGCACACCUCCACGUCAGUCGUGCAGUCAUGGCAACACAGACUAAUGUGAUUGAGGCGUCACCUGAUAUGGCCAGAGACUCAGAGAAGGAGUGGUAUUAUCAGGGUUCUAAUAAGGAACGGGCUGGACCAUACAGUUUUAAAGAGCUGAAAGAAAUUUGGAGUAAUGGUACUUUAAGUCCCAAAACACUCUGCUGGGCCCAGGGUAUGGACGGCUGGCAUCCCCUGACAAAUAUUCCCCAGUUGAAGUGGUCCAUGGCAGCAACGGGUAAUGCAGUAAUGACAGAAAGUGACCUUGCCACCCUCAUCCUCAACAUGCUCAUUACCAUGUGUAGAUACUUCCCAUCACGAACAGAAGACGGAGCAGUCAUUCGUCCGCUACCCCGCAUCAAGAGGUUACUCUCUGAUUCACUCUCUCUGCCACACAUCGUCCAAUUAUUGCUCACUUUUGAUCCAGUCCUCGUAGAGAAGGUGUCCACACUUAUGGUGGAGAUCAUGCAAGACAAUCCUAACAUCUCAACUGUCUACACGACUGGUGUAUUUUACUUCAUCCUCAUGUACAUGGGGUCCAACGUGCUGCCCAUUGGGUAUUUCCUUCACAUGUCACAUAUGCAACAGUCCUUCAGGGCAGAGGAGAACUCUGGAGGUGACAUCAUGCAACAAAGCAUUCUGGGCCAGAUCCUGCCAGAAGCUAUGGUGUGCUAUCUUGAGAAUUAUGGUGCUGAUAAGUUUGCAGAGAUCUUUUUGGGAGAAUUUGACACACCUGAGGUAAUAUGGAGUAAUGAAAUGCGUAGACAUAUGAUUGAAAAAUUGGCCUCACACUUAGCAGAUUUCACCCCACGGCUGAUGAGCAACACAAGGGCCCUUUACCAGUACUGUGCUAUCCCUCAUAUCACGUACCCUCAGCUACAACAUGAGCUCUUCUGUGACAUUUACUACUUGAAACAUUUAAGUGAUGUGGAACGCUUCCCAGAUUGGCCCAUCAAAGAUCCUGUUGCACUUCUGAAGAGAGUUUUAGCAGCGUGGCAGAGUGAAGUAGAGAAGCAGCCAUCAUCAAUGACUGUCGAUGAUGCUUACCAUGAGUUAGGCCUUGAACAUGACUCUCGGCACGAUGAUGCUAAGAUUCGAAAGGCGUACUUCAGACUUGCCCAGAAGUACCAUCCAGAUAAGAAUCCUGAUGGAAGGGAUAAAUUUGAGCGAGUGAACAAAGCCUACGAAUUCCUAUGUAGUCGGUCAGCGCACGCAGUAGAUGGACCCGACCCAAAGAAUAUCCUGCUAGUUAUCCGAACACAAAGCAUUCUCUUCUCACGAUACAAGGAAGUUUUGGCACCAUAUAAAUAUUCUGGCUAUCCAAUGCUUAUCAAGACCAUUCAGUUAGAAGCAGAUGAUGAGCAGCUCUUUAGCAAGGAAACAUCACUUCUUGCUGCAGCUGCUGAGCUCACCUACCACACUAUCAACUGCUCUUCACUAAAUGCUGAAGAACUGAGAAGAGAAAAGGGCCUGGAGGUACUGCAAGGUGCCUAUAACAGGUGUGUAAGUGUACUUAAUGCCAGCAGUAAACCCGGUGACGUUGCAGUUCAAGUGUGCACAAACAUAGCGCGAUGCUACACAGCAGCUGCCUCUUUCCCCAUGUGCCGAGAAAAGCUCAUCGAGAUGUCACACUUCAUCAAAGAUCUGUGCCACACUCUGUACUUUAAGGAUCUAGAAAUGACCCAGUUUACCAAGGAUCUGUGUCAUAUGCUCUCUUUUAAGUCUUUAUUGCGUGUCUGCUCGGUGGGUGUGGAGUGCGUGUCAGCAUUGGCCAUCGAUCAAAUUCUUCAAAUGAACUUACUUCAAGCUGGUAUCUUGUGGCACCUGUUACUUUUCCUCUUUAACUAUGACUACACCCUUGAUGAAGGAGGUGUCAGCAAGAGUGAAGAUUCUAACCAACAGGAACUGAGCAAUCGCUUAGCCAAGUUAGCUUUGUAUGCUUGUGGUCGCCUGGCUGGUCUUUUUACUGAAGAAAACAAAAUUACCCCAGCCAACACUGUGAUACAGGGAGUACUCCAGAAGCUGCUCACCCCAUACAUUGUUUCCCUCAUCUCUUCCAACUCAUCAGAAGAGGUGUUAAAGAUCCUGACCAGUAAUGUAGAAACUCCAUACCUCAUCUGGGACAAUGGAACCCGCUCACAGCUCAAUGACUUCCUCGCUACUAAUCAGCAAGCUCACGUGCGCACUGGCCAGUCAGACCCAGAAUAUGGGGCAACCUUUGAAUUUGAAGCACACAAGGAUGAACUCAUAAUUGGAGGAGUCUUUAUCAGAAUAUACAAUGAGCAGCCUUCAUUCCCAAUACAGAAGGCAAAGGAACUGACCCUCGAGCUUCUCCAGUACAUUGGUGGAGAAACCCAAUAUGUCCACUCCCUCCUCUCUCUCUCUGCCGCCCCAGUCUCCAAUCCUCGACUUGCCCGUGUAGGGGAAGCGCUCCGAGCACUUGUCAAUGUCAUAAAAAACAACCCAGGACGAGACUGUAUAGCAUCCCUAGAUGGUGAGCGGGAACCAGGUGUUGAGAUGCAGUGUAUAGGUCACUUCAGGCUGCUAUUCUCUCUCCUUCGUCUGGAGGGUUGUGUGGCCGUGCAACAGAGUGUGUUGGCUGUGGUUGAGGGAGUGACGGGCAAUGCUGACUGUGUCAGUGAUAUUGCUUCCUCUGAGGUGCUGGUGUACUUAAUGCUGGCUUUGCACUCCCAAGCUCUGGUGCCGAACCGUCUGAUGUCUCUCAAUAUUCUCCAUGCUCUCAUGUCCAACACCAAGAUUGUUAAGGAAGCUCUCAAUAAAGGUGCUGUUAUGUAUCUCCUCAAUAUCUUCUGCUCCUCGGACGAUGGUGAUGUCCGAGAGAAAACAGCUGAGCUCAUGGGCAAGAUGACAUGUGACAAGCUAGUUGGGCCCCGUGUCAGACUUAUACUUCUCAAGAUUCUUCCCGCUGCCCUGGCGGAUCAGAUGCGCGACUCACCGAGCACGUCUGUUCACCUGUAUGAAGCUCAGCAUGAAAAUCCAGAGCUAAUAUGGACAGAUGACUCAAGACAAAAAGUAUCUGGAGUAGUUUCUAGAUUAGUAGAAGAAAUUCACGACCAUCAAUGUAAGGAUCCAAGUGCCAUCUGGAAAUUCCCAGAAGAAGUUACGUUAUCAUCGACCUCUGGAGAAGUGGUGGUAGGAGGUGUAUUCCUUCGACUGUUAGUUGCAAAUCCAUCCUGGGUACUUCGCAAACCAAAGACUUUUGUAUCAGAUCUCUUUGAUGCUUUGUUAGACCAGUUAGCCAAAGGUGGCACUGAUGGUGAUACACUAGAGCUGGUAGUGAGCACAGUGAUUACUGUAUUAUCAGCUCAGCGAAACCUGCUGGAGUACCUUCCUCAGUUGGGUCAUAUCCCUCGUGUGGUGUCACUGCUGUUCUCUAAGAACCUGUCAGUAGCUCGUGCAGCCACCCACGCAACUCAUCAGUUCACUUUCAGUCAAGUGUGUUUCAAUGUCCUCGAGGGAACAGAAGUUGUAGCUGGCCUGGUUUCAGCUAUGAAACUGCGUCCUGAUGUUGUAGGUGUGGCAUGUGAAGCAUUACAUAAUCUCUUCUCUGGAGGCAUAUCUGCAACUGCGUUUGUUGAUCAGGGUCUGAGAGCCAAUGUCAUACCCUACCUUCUGUCUCUUCUUGAGUCAAAACUUGAUGCAAAAGUCCAGAAGCCAGCAUCUACCAAAGCCCAGAUUGUUACUUGUCUCAAAACCAUGGCUGCUUCACCUCAGCAUGCAGAAGAGGUAAAUGCUCUUCUUGCAAAGUCAGCAAUAUGGCUUCAGUACCGGGACCAAAAGCACGACCUGUUUAUUGAGACUUCACCCACUGCGGGAUACCUGAUGGGUGGAACACCUGGUGUUGCUGGCUUCCUCACACAGGGUUCCUCACGUGCCAUGCCUUCGACUCCUCCAUCAGUGAAUAACACACACAGGCAGCCUGAGUUACCCUGAAUGAUGCUUCAUGAUUGAAAAUUAUUUCUUCUAAUUUCUUGUAUAACCUGUCAUACAUGAUGCGUAAAAGUAAUUCCUUAAGCAUUUUUUUAUGAGUAUACCCAUUUGGGCAUAAAUUUGUUACCCAACUGUGAUUUUGACACUUGAAGAGGACAACAGGAGUAUAUAGAAAAUUAACUUUUAUCACAUAGAUAAUUCAUUACCUGAUUAAUGACCUUAAAAUGUGAUGAAUUUGUGAUUCAGUAAACAAAGUUAUUGGAAAACUUUCAGCUCAUGAAAAAGUUAUAAAUGAGUAUGAGAAACAAUAGAUAUAUUGUGAUACCUGUGAUUUGGUAAAUAUUUUAAUCAUGCAAUGAAUUAUGUACUGUAUCUGAUAAAAGUGUAUUCACAGGACACACACAAAUACAUAUGAUGCCUCACUACCAUACAGUACCUUGGCUAAAGCCUGCAUAAGCACAUCACCAUCAUAUUAUAUUACCUUAUCAGACUUGACACAUGGAUCUCUCUUCCCUUAAUUUCUUUAUAUAUAU